UAUCCGCGUUGAGGGAAACUGAGCGGGACAAACAGGCUGGUCGGCCCGGACAACAGGCAGAAGUGACAGAUCCCACAUUAUAACAAGAAAAUAGAACUACGGUGAAGGGAAUUAAUCGCAGGCUGCGGAUGCUUCCCUAGAGGUUUGACAAGUUUUGCAGGAUGACUCGUGUGGUUUUGUUUCGGGAACGUUACCCCAACCUGUCUGUGACACGUGUGGUCAACGACGACAACGGGGACUUAAUUGUGAGGAGAGAGGUCGUAAGCACUGAUCCCAUUGUCCAAGGAGAGCACGAUGACAGAACUGCACCUCAGCGCAACCGCAAAGGCAGGGGCUCCUACAAGGGUCGGUCGUAUGACAGAUCACGCAGAGACCGUCAGCGAGGGAGCCACUCUGGAGGGUUUGGAGGCCCCGGACCACGAUCGAGGCUCGAAGACACAGAUGGAGAUGUGGCUAUGAGUGACAGCCCGCAGGACAACAGCUCUCAGAACAGAUUCACCCCAUAUGGAAGACCCUUUCGGAAAGGAGAAGGACGGUUUGACAGAGACAGGCGACAAGGCAAAGGGGGAGGAGGUGGUAGAGGUGGAGGAGGAGGAGGAGGAGGUGGUGGCUUCAGAGGAGGAGACCGGGGUGGAGGAGGUGGCAUUGGAGGAGGGAAAAACCGAUCGGGAUGGUACAAAGUGACGAUACCACACGGAAGAAAGUAUGACAAGAAAUGGUUAUUGACAGCUCUCCAAAACAUAUGUUCAGUUCCCUACACACCUGUACAGUACCACGUUGACCAUAGCAGGGUCCAUUUCUAUGUGGAUGAUUCAGCUGCCGCCAGUGCUUUGCACAAAUGUUCUCACAAGAUCACAGACACAGAUGGUUAUAAGGUUGAAGUGCAUGUCAACAACAGUGCUCCACCAUCCUUCCUCCUGUCAGACCUGAAGCCUGAACACUUGGAGCACCUGAAGCAAUGCAUGGCAAAACGUUUUGACGGCUCCCAGCAAGCACUGGACUUGAACAACAUCCGAACAGACCCAGACCUGGUGUCCCAAAACAUUGAAGUGAUCUUGAAUAGGAAGACAAACAUGGAAGCUGUCCUCAAAAUCAUUGAAGAAAACAUUCCUGAGCUUACCUGCUUGAACCUGAGUAACAACCGCAUCCACAAACUGGAUGAACUCACUGAAUUGGUUACCAAAGUGCCUAAUCUGAAGACUCUCAACCUUUCCCACAACGAGCUGAAGUCAGACCGGGAGCUGGACAAGGUGAAAGGUCUGAAGCUGGUGGAGCUGUGGCUGAACAGGAACCCUCUGUGUGACCUCUUCAAGGACCAGACCUCAUACAUCAGUGCCGUGCGGGAGAGGUUUCCCCGGCUUCUCAAACUGGAUGGUUAUGAUCUCCCUCCGCCCAUUGGAUUCGACGUGGAAACGCCGACCACUAUCCCGCCAUGCAAGGGCAGCUGUUUUGGCUCUGAUGAAAUCAAGGCUCACAUCCUUCGGUUCUUGCAACAGUACUACAGUAUAUAUGACUCUGGGGACAGGCAGCCCCUCCUGGAUGCCUACCAUGACGGAGCCUCGUUAUCCCUCACAACACCGUACUCCACCCAGAACCCCUCCAGGAGCAGUCUGGGAGAGUAUCACAAAGACAGUCGAAACUUGAAGAGGAUCAAAGACACCACGAUACGGUAUCGACUGCUGAAACACACGCGCCUGAAUGUGGUGGCUUUCCUCAACGAGCUGCCGAAAACUCAGCACGACAUCGCCUCCUUUACAGUUGACGUAAACACGUGCACGAACACACUACUGUCAUUCACAGUGAGCGGAGUCUUUAAAGAAGUUGUUGUUGAUGGUAAAUCCAGAGAAUCCACAAUGGCCUUCUCGAGAGUCUUUGUUACAGUCCCGGCAGGAAAUUCUGGUUUGUGCAUCGUCAACGACCAGCUUUUCAUCCGAAUGGCCACAACAGAAGAGAUCCGCAGAGCUUUUGUGGCUCCCGCCCCGACCCCAUCCUCCAGUCCCGUCCCGACCCUCACUGCACCACAGCAAGAGAUGCUCACGGCCUUCUCAGUGAAGUCAGGCAUGAACCUGGAAUGGUCGCAAAAGUGUCUGCAAGAUAAUGAGUGGGACUUCAACAGAGCAGCACAGAUCUUCACUCAGUUGAAGACUGAAGGCAAGAUCCCUGAUGUUGCGUUCAUAAAAUGAAGAAUUGCCUCAAAAUCUGAAAUAAAGUCUUCAGUAAUUUUAUUUUUGCCUUUUUGUUUUAUUUUAUUCUUUUUUUUUUUUUUGGUUAGAAUAAAAACAAUAAUGAAUUAUGUUACCUGUUUUAACAGCCAGACGUCUGAUGUUAUGAAGCUGUUUUUGGUCUCGUUGUAACCUGAGUUUUUGGUCAUUUGUAUAGAAAUCACUACAUUUAUAUAGGAAUAAAGACAGUUGUUCAGUGAUGUUCAUCUUUAUUUGUUUUACUUUUAACAAUAAAAUAUAUUUUGUCACACUA